AUGGGGACAACCAGAUUAAAAAUGAGCUCUCUGCAGGCCUUGUCAAUUUUGCUUUUGUUCUUGUCUUUUGUAGUCAUAGGAUCAGCGGAGCAGUGUGGAAGGCAAGCAGGUGGUGCUCUUUGCCCCGGCGGCCUAUGUUGUAGCCAAUUCGGUUGGUGCGGCGACACCGAUCCCUACUGCAAAGACGGUUGUCAAAGUCAGUGCACCCCUGUUGGUCCUCCUCCCGGGCCGCCUGGUGGUGGACUAACUGAUCUUAUAUCGAGAGAUUUGUUCGAUCGGAUGCUUCUGCAUCGAAACGAUGGAGCUUGUCCCGCACGUAACUUCUAUACCUAUGAUGCUUUCAUCGCUGCUGCAAGGACUUACCCUGCCUUCGCUACGACCGGUGACCAAGCAACUCAAAAGAGGGAAAUAGCUGCCUUCUUGGCCCAAACUUCCCAUGAAACUACUGGCGGGUGGUCGACUGCACUGGAUGGUCCCUAUUCAUGGGGAUACUGCUACAAUAGGGAGUUGGACACCACUUCGACUUUCUGUCAACCGGAUCCAGCCAACCCUUGUGCUCCCGGUAAACGAUACUUCGGCCGCGGUCCCAUUCAACUUUCCUGGAACUUCAACUAUGGGCAAUGUGGAAGGGCCAUAGGGGUGGACUUGUUAAACAACCCGGACCUGCUAACAAGUGAUGCUACAAUUUCCUUUAGGUCAGCAUUUUGGUUUUGGAUGACUCCGCAAUCGCCGAAGCCUUCAUGCCAUGACGUGGUCGUCGGAGCAUGGACACCCUCCGGUAGCGAUCAGGCAGUGGGUCGGGUUCCCGGGUAUGGUGUGAUCACGAAUAUUAUCAAUGGAGGGCUCGAAUGUGGUAGGGGUUGGAAUGCACAGGUAGAGGACCGUAUUGGGUUCUAUAAGAGAUACUGUGACAUGCUUGGAGUUAGCUACGUGAACAAUCUUGAUUGCUAUAAUCAAAGGCCUUUCGGGAAUGGAGACUCGGUGGAGUCCAUGUAGCUUUUGUCUCAAAUGAAUAAGUAAAAGUAUAGAUUAUGAUG